UUUUUUGUUUCCUGGUAUAACCGACUGAUGGAAAGGGCAUCCUGCUAGGGUCCCCUAGCGCCAUGUCCUUACCUAAAAACCUGCGUGCUACGGUUAGAUAACACCUGAUUCCACCACUGAAGGAGGACCAUCUCCAACAGCCUCUUCUACCGAUGGCCUUCUUUCGCCAACUGAAACUUCUUCUAUGGAAGAAUAGCCUGGGCGUUGUCAGACAGCCGGCCUGGUCACUGACUCUCAUCAUCUGGCCUUUGAUCAUCUUCAUCAUCAUCGCUGUGACACGCAACCAGUUCCCUCCAGUGUUAAGGGAAACAUGCUACGUGGCGCCCAGAAACCUACCCAGCACUGGCUUCUUCCCCUUCCUGCAAACCCUCAUGUGCAACAAGGACACCUACUGCCAUAACACAUCACAAGAGAAUCCAACUCCAUCAAAGCAUGGCAGAAUUCACAAAAGGACUGCAAGGUCACCCAUCCUUCUGAAAAAUAAUCCACUGGCAAAAUUGGUUCAAGGGGAAAGUUUGCUCAAAAUUGAUAUUCCACCGGGGGCAAUGGAUGAUGCCACAAAGCUGAUGAAUUUCAUAAAUAACAUGUUUGGUUCAUCUCAGCAACAAAGGAUGAAUAAUGCGUCUCUUAUAAAUGUCAUGAAUGCCAGUCUUCCAGGAGAUCAGUCCCUUGAUGAAUUGAUGGCAUCCAUGACUUUACUAAAGAAGACCAUCUGCCAGUCGGUUCUACCCAUGAUGAACAUGUCUUCACCCACCCACCUCACCUUUGCUGUGGUAACAUUCUGCAACUCCAACAACACGGUGUUUGAAGUCAUGCUUGUCACACUCAACCAGAUACUGAUUGAUCUGAUGCUGACCGAACCAGAUGAGAUGGUGAAUGUUGUCGGGGCGACGUUGUUCUUCUUUGAUCACCUGCAAAAUCAGAGCUCGCUGUGGGAAGCCUUUUUAGCUCUUCCCCAGCUCUUCUCUUCAACCUCUGUCGACCAAAUAGCCGGCACCGCUGAGGCUCUGCUCACUAACAUACAGGGUGUUUUGCACAUCAUCCAGACCAAUUUCCCCAACGCCAGUGCCUCGGCCCACGCUGUACAUCCACUGCUUGCUGGAGGCAUCAGCAUAACCCGCUACAUCCAGAACUGGCCCGGAAAACAUGUCUCAAUUUCCCUCGGAGAUGUGCUGGUGUUGUAUAAUGACUCCCUGAGUGAGAUGGUGAAACCUGUUCUACAAGAGGUGGAGAUACCACUGGACAAGGCAAUCGCCUUGACUUUAGACAGAGAAGUGGUGCGUGGCUUUGUGUGCAACAACAGAGAUAACCCGAUGUGGCUAACAGCAGCGUGCACAACUGGCACUGUGGACAUGUUCCUGGGCUGGAUCUCACCUGAAAAUCUGGCCGAGCAGGUUCUCUUGAAGUGGAGUAAGCAUGUGGCGCAACAUGAUUUGUUGUUUGCCAAAGGACUUCUGGAAGCUCUGAUGGGAGGUCCAUCCCCUGGAGGACAAGGAGGUUUCAACAUCACGAGGACCCGGCGUAGCGUAGGAACACAACCGCAAAACAUCGAAGAAGACCUGUUUUUAUCUGUCGGUGAAGUGGUUCUAGAUAUCCUAAAAGUUUCCCCUGAGCUGAGUGCUGUUGCCCAGGCCAUCCUCGGGACUGGUUUGGAGUCCAUGGAAACAGCGACACUGGUUCUACACACUGUAAAAAAAAUGGUGGAUGAUGUUCUAAAAGACGCGAACCAACUCCAGAUGAACUACCUCACAUUGAUGACAAACCAAACUCAGGCCAAGAUCUGGAUUAACCGGUUCAUCGAAAAUGUGCUGGAUAUUUUCAUGAAGGGUCUGGCCUCUGAGUCUAUGACAUGUGAGGAUAUCCUGGGUCGCUUUGAGUGGCUUUUAGACACAGAAAGUGUAAGGAUUGAAGGGUGGCGCUCAGUCAUCUGCCAUAACGACUCCACUCUGCUGGAACUUCUUCCGUUUGACUGGAUGCCUCUCAUAUAUAAGGCUCACGAGGUAUACUACGCCAUACAAGGACAUGGAGGCGACAACGUAACUCUUCCCAUGAUUCUGUCUGAAUGGCACCUAUUGUUAAAUAAAACUCAGCAGUUUGGAGGAUUGUUGGAGGAAGUGGCUGAAGAGAUGGGUGCAGAAUACUGGAUGAACUGGGUAGUAGAAAACAACACCAGUGAUUUUCUUGGAACGUUACUGCAAAGUGCGUUUCACUUCAUGGUGAGACUUGGACAAGAGAUUGAGCAGAGCCAACUGUGGCCCGAGAUGAAGGACUAUUUCCACAUGGCUUACUGGAUUUUGAACUACAGGCCUGGAAUCACAACUCAGCCAGCAAACUGUUCCAUUGACCUACACAGCUUUGGAAUUCGUUGUGAUACUGGAUUGAACUGGCAGCUGUUUGUUAACACAUUGUCACAAGUACUGAUGUCACCCAACCCAGACAUUCUGGUGAAUUGCCUCAAAGGAUCUGUGAAUUUGUUGCAGCACGUGUAUGGUGAUAUUUAUAAAUACCUAGCGGCAUCAAAUUUGAAAGAUGAAAUCCAUGGUGGAGAUGCACUCUCUGAUUUCCUGAUAAACCUGAUGAAUAACCUGAAUGACUUCGCCCAGAACCUCACCAGACUUCCAGACCAGAGCAUCUCAAACCCUUACGUCAUGUUUCCCCUUUAUAGCCACCUUCUACAGUCCACAGGUCUGGCACCGCUUCUGCCUGUGAUCCUCAAUGAUGGCCCCUUAAACAUCACACAAGUGUUUGAGGUAGCCUCCAAGCUUGGAAGGCUCAAUCAGCACAUCUUUACCUUCAAUGAGACACACCCAACAAUGCCUGAACUGGAGAGGUUGAUAAUGCAGUUCCUCUCCUCCGAAGGUAACCUCACCAUGUCUCUGGCCCUCAGUAUGGGGAACACUCUACUGACGUACUCUGAGUACAUCAGCCCCGAGUAUGUAGCCCGUCUUAGAGAAGCCAUUCAACCUUUCACUAACCAGACCUCAGCAGGCAUUGUGGAAGCCAUCCUUAGUGCCAUUGAACUAGUGAAGACAGUGAUGGAUUCUCCAGAUGGCAACCCUACUACCGUCAUCCUUGGGUACAUACAACAGCUUGAAGAGUGUAUUAUCUCUCUUUUGCGACUGCGAAAAACUGAGCAGGUGAUGUUGCCAAAUGGACAGCUGAUCACAACUCAAGUAACUGACCUCUACCAGCCUACUGCCGAAUUUCUCAACCUUCUCACCCCAGAGGGCAUUGAAACCCUUGCUCAGGCUGGACCGGAUGCUGCCCAGGACUUAAUUGCACAGAAAUUCAUGGCUUUCCUACCAGCAGCAGUUCGUCAGCAAGCUGCUACGUUUCUGCAGGAUUUCAAAGCUCUGCAGCAUCAGAUGACCCAAUGUGCAACAGGCCAGAACUGUUUGGCUGGCAUCUCAGAGAUCUUCACUUUCUUGGAUCAGAUUUUAGAUAUGAUGGUCUCAGCCAAAGGAAAUGUCACUAUCGAAAUAGCUACAUCCAACUCUUUUCUGGGAAGACAGGAAUAUGAGGAAGUUGCAUCCACGGCGUUCUCUCUGCUGCUUUCUCCAAAUGAUGUUGCUACAGUGACAACAUUCAAACAGACUCUCCUCUUCAUCAGACUGGUCAUGGCUAACCCAAAUAUUACUGUGUCUCAUGUCCAGAAUGCUCUGCAGCAGUCAAACCUAACCAUCGAGGAGCUGAAUUACAUUGCAUCACUUGCUGGGGCUGGAAACAUGAACGACCUUGUAGUAAAAAUAUUGACGCUUAUCAGUUCUUACCAGUGUUUUGAGCUACAGCCUGCUUCAGAAGGGACAACUCAAUGUGUUGUGGAACUAAUAAAUGGCAUCAGCAGUUUCUUAAUGCACGUACCAGCCCUACAACAACAAACAGCCAUCCUCUCCAUCAUUCCGUUAAUUGUCAAUAAAACACUCAGUAACGUUGCAUAUGCCAAUUUCAGCUCGAAUCCAGACAGUGUCGUGUUUCAGACCUUGAACAGCACUCUAGCCAAUGUCAAGAUGGCCCUCCACAUGAACAAUUUGGACACACCAGAGAUAAUGAAUGAAUUCAGAGUACUGGAAAACAUUCUGAAAGUAGCUGCUGACCCUACACCCUUAAACUACAUCUUCAAUCCCACCAUGGGGCCAAACCCAUUCUUUGCCGUGAAAGACGUCGAGGAGAUGAUCAUGUGGUACUUGAAAAGGCUGGAAAAUGCCACCAGUAGCAGUUCCAUCUCAGACCUGCUCUAUCCCUUUUUCCAUCUCUCACAGAUGCAAGUGGCUUUACAGCUGGCACAGACAGAUUUGUCAAUUUUUGUCAGUAACCAGAUUGAUCACCUCAUGCACAGUCUCCAGUACCCACUAGAUGCUGAAGGACUGAGGAAAAUUGGCCAGGCAGCUGUUGAGAUUCUUCAACGUAUGUUUAAAGUUGUUAUUGGCAACAUAGAUGCACAGAAUUCCGUUGCCGAACUACUUGGCUCAGUACUGCCAUGGAACACGACGGCUCUAGAUGCCACUGAGGUCCAAAUUACUCUCUACCUCAACUUCAUACAGCAAUGGCUGACACAACCGAAUGCACAAAACCUGUCUAUCCCAGAGCUGAAUGAUAUCGCAGCACAAGCUGGAGCUGCAAACGUAGGUGACCUUGUUACAAAGAUUAUGGCGCUGGUCAACUAUUACCAGUGUUUUGAACAACAUCCUGGGGCAGAAGGGACAACUCGUUGUGUCAUGGGACUGAUGAAUGGGAUUGGCAGCUUCCUGAUGCAUGUACCAGUUCUGAAGAAUGAGAAAGCCAUUCUUUCCCUGAUUCCAGUUAUUGUCAAUCAAACUAUCAAUAACAUUAUGCAUGUGAAUUUCAGCUCAAAUCCACAUAUGGCUGUCACCGAGACCCUGAACAUGACUCUAGCCAGUAUCAAGAUGACCCUCCAGCUGAACAACUUGAGCUCUCCAGAAAUAAUGAAUGAACUCAGAAUGAUAGAAAACCUUUUAAAAGUAGGGGCCGACCCUACAACCUUAGCCAACUUCCUCAAUGCCACCAUGGACCCAGACCCCUUCCAUGCCCAGAAAGCAUUCCUGGAAAUCCUGAGCAAGUCCUUGAAAAGGGUGGAAAAUGCUACCAGUGGCAGCUCCAUCGCAGACAUCCUUCGUUCCAUUUUGCGUGUUGCACAAAUGCAAGUGGAAUCACAACUGGCACAAAUAAAUUUCUCAAUUUUCAUCAGUAACCAGAUUGAUUACCUCAUGCGCAACCUCCAGUACCCACUAGAUGCAGAAGGUCUGAGGAAAAUUGGCCUGACAAUUGUUGAAAUCCUUCAACGUGUGUUUAAACUUGUAAUGAUCAACUUAGAUGCUCAGAAUAACCUUGCCAUAAUGGAAGGUUCAGUACCUCCAUUUAAUGCAACCCAUCUGGAUGCCAUAGAGGUCCAAGUUAAUCUCUAUCUCAACAUCAUACAACAGUGGAUGACACAACCAAAUGCACUACAACACUCAAACCUGACAACUGAGGAGCUGAAUCAAAUCGCAGCACAGGCUGGAUUCUCAAGCAUAAGUGACCUCUUAGUAAAUAUAAUGACGCUUGUCAAUUCUCACCAGUGUUUUGAACAAGAACCUUCUCCAGCAGGAACAGCUCGUUGUGUUAUGGGACUGAUAAUGAGGAUCAACGGUUUCCUGAGCCAUGUACCAGCUCUAAAAGACGAGAAGGCCAUUCUAUCCCUCAUCCCUUUUAUUUUCAAUAAAACUAUCAGUAACAUCAUGCAUGCCAAUUUCAGCUCAAAUCCACACAUGGUUGUCUUGGAGACCCUGAACACAACUCUAGCCAGUAUCAAGAUGACCCUCCAGCUGAACAACCUGAGCUCUCCAGAAAUAAUGAAUGAACUCAGAAUGAUAGAAAACCUUUUAAAAGUAGGGGCCGACCCUACAACCUUAGCCAACUUCCUCAAUGCCACCAUGGACCCAGACCCCCUCCAUGCCCAGAAAGCAUUCCUGGAAAUCCUGAGCAAGUCCUUGAAAAGAUUGGAAAAUGCUACCAGUGGCAGCUCCAUCGCCGACGUCCUUCAUUCCAUUUUGCGUGCUGUACGGAUGGAAGUGGAAUCACAACUGGCACAAAUAAAUUUCUCAAUUUUCAUCAGUAACCAGAUUGAUUACCUCAUGCGCAACCUCCAGUACCCGCUAGAUGCAGAAGGUCUGAGGAAAAUUGGCCUGACAACUGUUGAAAUUCUUCAACGUCUGUUUAAACUUGUAAUGACCGACUUAGAUGCUGAGAAUAACCUUGCCAUAAUGGAAGGGUUAGUACCUCCAUUUAAUGCAACCCAUCUGGAUGCCAUAGAGGUCCAAGUUAAUCUCUAUCUCAACAUCAUACAACAGUGGAUGACACAACCAUAUGCACUACAACACUCAAACCUGACAACUGAGGAGCUGAAUCACAUCGCAGCACAGGUUGGAUUCUCAAGCAUAAGUGACCUCUUAGUAAAUAUAAUGACGCUUGUCAAUUCUCACCAGUGUUUUGAACAAGAACCUUCUCCAGCAGGAACAGCUCGGUGUGUUAUGGGACUGAUAAUGAGGAUCAACGGUUUCCUGAGCCAUGUACCAGCUCUAAAAGACGAGAAGGCCAUUCUAUCCCUCAUCCCUUUUAUUUUCAAUAAAACUAUCAGUAACAUCAUGCAUGCCAAUUUCAGCUCAAAUCCACAUAUGGCUGUCACCGAGACCCUGAACAUGACUCUGGCCAGUAUCAAAAUGACCCUCCAGAUGAACAAUUUGAGCUCUUCAGAAAUAAUGAAUGAACUCAGAAUGGUAGAAAACCUUUUAAAAGUAGGGGCCGACCCUACAACUUUAGCCAACUUCCUCAAUGCCUCCAUGGACCCAGACCCCCUCCAUGCCCAGAAAGCAUUCCUGGAAACCCUGAGCAAGUCCUUGAAAAGAUUGGAAAAUGCUACCAGUGGCAGCUCCAUCUCAGACGUCCUUCAUUCCAUUUUGCGUGCUGUACAGAUGGAAGUGGAAUCACAACUGGCACAAAUAAAUUUCUCAAUUUUCAUCAGUAACCAGAUUGAUUACCUCACACAUAACAUCCAGUUUCCAAUAAAUGCGCAAGGGGUCAGUAAAAUUGGCAAGGCAACUAUUGAGAUACUUCGACGUGUGUUGAAGCUCAUAAGGCACAACUUUGACGCUCAGAAUAACUCUGUGGAAAUCUAUGGCUUUGAGAUGCCAUUGAACGCAACCCUCUUAGCUGCCUCAGAGUUCCAAAUAAAUCUCUACCUAAACAUCAUACAACACUGGAUGGCACAACCAAAUGUCUUUAUGGUCCUCACCAGUAUGCUGCAUUGGGGAAACUCCUCCAUGAGUUAUGCUACACCUGUGAAUGAUAUCCACCACCUGCUGCAGACCAUACUUCCUUUUCUCGAUGAAGAACAACGUGUCUUUAUUUCUUUAAUUGGAAACAUCACCCAGUCUCUAAGCAAAGCCUUAACAGUGGCACAGCAGCCCAAUGGUCUACAGAGUGACCAUUUCAUAACCGCCAUCUCAGAAGCAAUCCAGACUAUGAUGUCGGUCUUAACGCCGGCAAGUGGACCCGUGCCAGUCAGUCUUCAGCAGAACAUCCUGGGAGUUGUGCAAUAUUCAAUAAAACUCAUUGUCCACCCAGACUUGGGCUAUGCCUCAGCACGUAAUGCAUCCCUCCUCAUCCUGAAGAACACCGAAGGCUUCAUUCAACAGAUAAUUCCAGAAAUGGUGGCCCAAUACAUGCUUGGCGGAGUCAAAAUUGUUACUACAUAUUUCGAGACCAUCUCCACAGCGUCUGGUCCAGACAACUUUAAUGAAUUGAUUUUGAAUGAGAUGAAGACAAUCCACAGCCUCCUCCCACCAAACAGCACAUCACGAGCCUACAUUUCUGCCCUCAUUAACAUCACUCACUUCAUCCUGGCGUCCGGCCAAGACAACAUGGGUCUCUUGGGAAGUUUUGAGAAUCUGUCACCACAAAAUGUACCUCUAAUUAUUGAGCAGAUGGGGAAGCUCCUGAACAUGAUUUGGCGACUCAUCAUGGGAAGUCCAGACACACUUACCAAACCAGAAUCUCUUAAAGCUUUCUCUCAACUUGCUCAAGUCCUGGAGGAAUUGCUAGAGGAGAGAGCAACCCAAGAAACCUGGCACAAUCUUAAAAUGAUGUUAGAGGCCGUACUGUCAAUUGUCGAAAAGACAGAGCAUUGGGAAAGUAUUCCAUCAUUUGUCUCACUACUGGAAAAAGCCCUUGGAACUUUGGUUAAGACCACAAAGGCAGAGAAUGGACUGAUUGUAAGCCUUCAGGUGCCUGUGAUGACACUGAUGACAGAAAUAGCUCAGUCUGUGAACAGCAGCCAUUUCAACUUGUCGGAGUUCUCGGAGAGAAUGCAGCACGCCAUUGAACGCACUCUUGUGGCGUCUCAGCAGGCUAACGGUACAUUGGAGUGCAGUGACGUUCUGAAAAUCUGGGAGGGGGUGAGAGAGGCAGCUGGCUUAAACCACAGUGUCAUGGCUAUGUGGUGCAACGCCAGCCUUCAGCCUGUCAUUGAGGCGUACAUUGAAGCACAGAAAAUAUUCGCCCACAUGAAUAUGACUCACACGGGCAUGGGACCGGUGACUGUGAAUGCCACAGCUGCUAGGAUUGUCAAAACUGUGCAGUCCUUCUACUAUGUCAGCGUUAACCAGUCACAUGUGCUGGAGCAGUUUGUCAUGACUUUCAGCAGACACUUGGAUGAGAUCGCAGGCCAGCCUCUAAGUCCAGAGGCACAGCUGUACUGGUACAAGCACCUCCAAGACAUGCAGCUGGAAGACAGUUUGUUGUCCCUCAGAACACUCUCUGAAGAAGUCCUAAGCGAGUUCCCCUUCCUCCAACCUUACGUGGAAGCUGUAGAGAAAGCACUGGCCCACGUCUUGAAUAACUAUGAUUUCAUGAAAGGCAGCAUCUUAUCCAAGAAAGUCUUCAGUGAAGCAGCAAUGAUCUUCCUAUACUCUGUAAACAUCACUUCAGAUGACAUGUUCAUGAUGUGGGGAAACUUCUCAGACCUCAAUGCCGUAUCGAUUGCUGACAUGAUGAUAAACGCAGUCAAAAUGAUGGUUGACAUGAAGGUAUUUGGGGAAGCGCCUAUGGUUUACGAAGCCUUGGAGCAACUUCUGACAUAUGAUGACACAAGAAAGAUCGCGCAGAAGGUUGCAGAACUGUUUCUCUGGUUGACCUCCACUCAACCAUCUGGACCAGAUUUUCUGACUGAGGCACUGCCGGAACUUGCCAGGUAUAUCCUGUCUUUCCUGAAACAGAUGAUUGAUGAUUUGCCAAUAAACAUGGGGCUGUUUGAAGACCUGCCUGAGAAUGUAAUUGAAAUACUGAGAAAACUACUAAGCACCUUUGGUGUUCUACCUCCCAUGGACAACGAUAUGAACAUGCGUCAACAGCAAAUGCAGAAUGGUAACAAUACAGUGAAGAUACGACGGAAACGUGAAUUAUCAGUGAUGCCAAUGAGGAGCCCAAUGGAUGACUUUAUAGAUCUGAUUUUCAUCGACUACUCCACCAUGUUCAGCUCCCUCAGUGUCCUACCCACAGAGGUUGAGAUCAUAGACACAGCCCAUGUGUUUUUUUCCAAUCCUGAUCUGGGUGUUGUGGUGAAGGGAGCGACAAGGGGCAUCCAGUGGAAUAUGAAUCCCUCUAGAGAGAAGACCAUUGACGCUGUCCUGGGAAUGGCCUCCGUCCUCACCCUUCCUGAUCUUUUGUCUUCUCCACCGUCAUCAAUAGAGCAGGUGAUGAAUGCUGUUGAUAUGCUUCCUGAUGACUUCCCAUUCUCCUCGCUGCUGAAAAAUAUCACCAAAGUGCUUGCCAGUGAAUCUCAAGAGAACCUUAGCCUCAUGCAGAAAACCAUCAACACAGUCACGACGCUUUUCCAGACCAGCCUGACAGAUCCACGCUUCACGAAGCAACUGAGCCACCUGAGAGCACAGGUGUGCGCCUUGGAGAAUACAAACACUAUACGUCUUCUGAUGCAUAAUCUCGGCAUAAAGCCUGGCGAGAUUUGUCACGUCCUUCUGCCUGGCGUGCAGAACUUGGUGGAAAGUCUGGUGAAUCACACGACAACUUUGUUUGAUAUCAUCUACCAGACUUUCGUCGGAGACCCAAGUUCCUACCGUGUUCAGAAUAACUGGGGAUCUGUGUUUACUCAAGGUUUGGGAUUUAACAUAAGCAGUCUGAGCGCCCUGAGUAUUAACAUCACUAUGCCAGGAGCUGUGACCAUUGGGGAGAUGCUGCAGAAUAAAACAGCAUUUAUUCUGGAUGUCCAGCAGUACAUGGGUUUAGAUCAAGCCGCUCUGUAUCUGCUGAUGGAGACCCCUCUGCCAAACAACAACCUACAGAUCCUGUCCUGGUUGGUCAAUCUGCGUCACUGCAACUCCACAGAUUCAGUCCACAUGAAACAGUCUGAAGAAGCCAUCUUUAGGACACUGUGCUCCAUGUCCGUCCAGCAGUUGUACAGCCUCACAGUGCUAAUGACUCGCCACGUCAACCUAGAGAAGUUCAUCUACAGAAUGUUGUUGCCUGAAGAAAUGCAGAACCUGGUUGGCGUCAUGCUUCAGAUGGCCAAGGUUAUGAUCGACAUGAUAAACAAGAUCCUUCCUGCUGUUGGUCAGCUGCAAAGCUACAUGCACUCCAUGCAGGACCUCAACCUGGGGGCCAACAAUGAAUUCAUCCAGAUGUCAAGAGGACAGAGGAAAACCAUAUCUAGUAAAGCUACAUUUGUCACCAUCUCUCGAGCGCUGUGUAGUAACGGAAUCCUGGCUCUGCUUGGAAUCUCCAAAAUCCCCGAAGUCACAGAGUCUUACCCCUCCUUCACUGGCAGCAAGAGGGAGGAGAUGAUCGAGAGGUUCAAAAUUCCUCGUAACGCAACUCCCUUCUGCACAAACAUGUAUCUGGACAUGGUCAAUACAACAGGAGGAGCCAUUGCCUGGGCAUUCCUCAAACCAAUGCUCAUGGGACAUAUUCUCUACACACCUGACACACCUCUCACCAGGGCCAUUAUGGAAAAGUCCAACCUCACCUUGCACGAGUUUGGAAAUCUGCGGAAGCACUCCCAAGAAUGGAUUGAAUCUUCCAGCUACCUCAUUAAGUCUUCUGAAUUACUCAGCCACACUUUGCCAAUGCUGCAGAAUUCCCUCGGCAAUUCUUUUGUGAAGAAUUUCAUUGAGAUGCAGACAGACAUCAAUGUUGGCAGAAUGAAGGAGACGCUCAGCAACUUCUCUAAUAUGACUGAGAUGCUGGAGAAAAACAAAGACCUCCUCAAUCAAAUCACCGCCUUGUCCACUCUGAUGGUCGACCUCUCCUCCUGCAUCAAGUUUGACCGCUUCCGUGGUUACGAUUCCGCCGACCAGCUCAACACUGACGCUCAGGAAUUCGCCAAAAACCGUGAUCUCUAUGCAAGUGUCAUCUUUAAGCUUCCCAAAGAAGAGGAAUCCCAGAAGUCUUCUCCAUCCACAUCUACACUUCCUCCUAAAGUCAGCUACACCAUCCGCAUGCACAUGGACAAUGUCAUGCGUACCGACCGUGUCCGCGAUCCCUACUUUGUGAAGGACCCGCACGUCUCGGCCACGAUGACAAUGCGCUACAACCGAGGCUUUGUCUACCUCCAGGAGACCAUUGAUCGGGCUAUUAUUGAAACCCAGGCUGGACGUCGAAUCACAGAGCCGGCCGUCCAGCUGCAGGCCUUCCCCUAUCCCUGCCAUCUCCGGGAUGAGUACCUGGAGGCCAUUUCUUUUGUCUUUCCGCUCAUGCUGAUGAUAGCCUGGGUGCUGUUUGUGGCUGAUUUUGUAAAGAAACUGGUUCACGAGAGAGAGCUGAGACUGCAUGAGUACAUGAAGAUGAUGGGAGUCAACCCCCUCAGCCACUUCUUUGCCUGGUUUGUGGAAUGUGCCUGCUACCUAGGGGUGACCAUCAUCAUCCUCACGUUGCUGCUGAAGUACGGUCGCGUCCUGCCUCACAGUGAUGGCUUCCUUAUUUUCUUAUACCUCUGCGACUACGGCCUGAGCAUCCUGGCCUUCAGCUACUUGGUCAGCUCCUUCUUUGACCAAACCUACAUCGCAGGCCUCAGCGGCAGCCUCCUGUACAUCCUCUCCUUCUUCCCCUUCAUCGUGGUCAUGGCCGUGGAGACUAAACUCACCUUUUCUCAGAAGAGCCUCUUGAGUUUAUUUUCCCCAACGUGUUUCAGUUACGCCAGUCAAUACAUCAAUCGGUAUGAGGCCCAAGCAGAAGGAAUUCAGUGGAGUAACUCAUAUUCUUCACCCAUUGCCGGAGACAUGGCUUCGUUCGGCUGGCUCUGCUGGCUCAUGCUCAUCGACUCCAUCCUCUACUUCAUUCUCGGGGCGUACAUUCGUAUGGUGUUCCCAGGAAAGUAUGGCAUUGCAGCUCCAUGGUACUUCCCCUUCACAGCCUCAUUUUGGUCUGAGUUAUGCUGCAGUAGGUCACAGAGUAAGGUGGGCAAAGGACUCUUCUUUACCAACAUCAUGCAGUCAAAGCAGGCGGUCUUCUCUGACGACAAGGGAAAAGGCCAGAGCGCUCUCUCCUCUCAGGCUGGGGAGGAUUGCUCAGAACUCCCAGUGGGUGUUUCUCUUCACGGUCUCACCAAGAUCUAUGGCGAGCGAGUAGCCAUUGAAAAUCUUAAUGUUACCUUCUACGAGGGCCAAGUCACCACACUGCUCGGUCACAAUGGAGCUGGAAAAACCACCACUAUGUCUCUCCUCACUGGUCUUUUUGCCCCGUCAUCUGGCACUAUCGAGGUGUAUGGCAAAGACAUGCAGACCAACAUCAACACCGUUCGCAAAGAGCUGGGUGUUUGCAUGCAGUACGACGUCCUGUUUGAGCACAUGACCACCAAGGAGCAUUUACUCCUGUAUGGUCAGAUCAAGGCCCCGCAUUGGUCGCGGAAGGAACUGCAUGAACAAGUUCGCACGAUCCUGGAGGAGACAGGCAUGUAUGCUCACAGGCACAAGCGGGUGGGCACCCUGUCGGGCGGUAUGAAGCGCAAGCUGUCAAUCUCCAUCGCCUUCAUAGGGGGCUCUCGCUUGGUGGUUCUCGAUGAACCCACCACAGGAGUCGAUCCCUGCUCCAGGCGCAACAUCUGGGACAUUGUUAUCCAGCAUAAAAAACAUCGCACCAUCAUCAUGUCCACCCACCACCUGGAUGAGGCUGAAGUCCUGAGUGACCGCAUCGCCUUCCUGGAAAAAGGAGGAUUGAAAUGCUGCGGAUCCCCAUUCUAUCUGAAAGACAAGCUGGGCCAAGGUUAUAAACUUACCAUCACCAAGAAGACGCAGAACUUAGAAUCUGAGCAGAUAGAUGAUGUUGAGCUGAAGUCCUUCAUCCAAGCCCAUGUACCUGAAGCAACACUGAAGGAAGCCCAGGGAAGUGACCUGGUUUACUUACUGCCCCCGUUCAGCUCAUCCAACUCCUCCUCAUACCGCUCUCUCCUUACUGCGCUGGACGCCAACCUGGACGCCCUCCAGCUGGGAUGCUAUGGCAUCUCUGACACGACCCUAGAGGAGGUGUUUCUUCACAUGACACAUGGCAGCACAGAGUCUUGGGCUGAUGAUGGCCCCCUGACUAUAUCAGAGACUGUUUCUGACUCCGGAUCCAUUGACAGUUUCCCCACAGACGCCACUGGAAGCAUCGGCGGUGACAGUGACAAAUACAAUCUGACUGGUUUGUCCAUGGUAGAAGGUGCGGCUUUGGUUUGGCAGCAAAUAAUGGCCAUUCUGAUCAAGAGGUUCCACCACAGCCGCAGAGACUGGAAAGGCCUCAUCUCCCAGCUCCUGCUUCCUGUUCUGUUUGUGCUGUUCGCUAUGGGACUGGGUUCGAUCAAGAAUGACAUGCAGCAUUUCCCCGAGUUGGAACUUAGCCCUGCACUCUACAACAUUGGACCGAGCUACUCCUUCUUCAGUAACCAGAAUCCAAACUCCAGCAAUCUGGUCGACGCCAUGCUGUCAUUCCCAGGCAUGGAUAACGCCUGCCUUGAAAAGUCCAAUGACCAGGUCUGCUCAAGGACUGUGAAGGACUGGGAAUCCAGAGGAAACAGCUCUAAAAUGUCGGGUACCUGUAAAUGUCUUCCUGACAAACAGGUUUGUGAUGCAGGAAACUAUCAGCCGCCCCAUAAGAAGAUCCCCUCAUCUCAGACUGUUUAUAACCUGAGCGGCAUCAAUCUGGAGAACUACCUGGUGGUCACAGGCAACGAUUUCAUCAGGAACAGGUACGGUGGCUUUGCUUUUGGCAAGCCACUCCCCUUGGACUUACAAAUAGAUCUCAAAGCUGUGCCCAAAAACCGAACACUAUCGAAGGUCUGGUUCAACCCUGAGGGCCACCAUACCAUGCCAGCAUACUUAAACAGCCUCAACAAUAUCAUCCUACGUGCCAAUCUUCCAGCUGACAAGGAUCCAAGAGAAUAUGCCAUUUCAGUUUCCAGUCACCCCUACUUUGGCCGUCGAGAUGAUGAAGAUUCAAUUGUCCAAGGAAUGCUCCAGAUCCUCGUUGCCAUGUGUGUUCUGACAGGGUAUUCAAUCACAACAGCCAGCUUCGCCAUCUAUGAGGUCAACGAGCACCACACCGGCUCCAAGAGGCUCCAACACAUCGCUGGAAUCAGUGAACCACUGUACUGGGCCGUUAACUUCUUUUACGACAUGGCCCUCUAUAUGAUCCCUGUGACUGUGACAGUCGCUGUGGUUGCAGCCUUCCAGAUAUCAGCAUUUACAGAUCGAGAAAAUCUGGGCGCCAUUGCUCUGCUUCUGGUUCUUUUCGGGUUUGCCACAUUCCCCUGGAUGUAUCUCUUAUCCAGCGCCUUCAAGGAUGCGGAGAUGGCUUUCAUCACCUACGUGUGCAUCAACCUCUUCAUCAGCAUUAACACCAUCGCAUCCACCUCCAUCCUCUACUUUCUGAGUCAGAUUUCAGUGAUGAGACCAGAGGCCAUCCUGAAUAUCUUCAACAAGCUGAGCUACGUCUUCGUAAUCUUCCCUCAGUUCAACUUUGGUAAUGGACUAAUGACGUUAGCGAGAAAGGACAUCGAGGUACAGAUCCUCAGCGGCUACGGCAUCGACGCUUACAAGAGCCCAUUCUGCAUCGACACCCUCGGCUGGAUGUUCCUUGCCUCUUUCAUCGAAGGCGUGCUCUUCUUCACCCUUCGCCUACUGCUCAACAAGUUCAUCGUACGCAAAAUCAGGCGCCUGAUUUUCAGACGAAAGCCAGUGCCACAGGUGGCUUGUGAGGAUGAGGAUGAGGAUGUGGCGUCGGAACACCUCCGGGUGGCCAGUGGAGCAGCCGGAUCAGACAUCCUGCAGGUCAACCAGCUAACCAAGGUCUAUCAACACUUCAAAAAGAAGGUCCAUGCUGUUAAGAGGCUGUCUGUGGGCAUUCCAGCAGGAGAGUGCUUUGGUCUGCUGGGAGUGAAUGGAGCUGGAAAAACUACCACUUUCAAGAUGCUGACAGGAGAUGUUAGCCCCACUGAUGGCACAGCACAGAUCAGGGACAGGGACGGACGAUUGGUGGACAUCAUGGAGUGCCGUAACCAGGGAAUUAACAUCGGUUACUGUCCCCAGGUGGAUGCUCUGGAUGAUCUACUCACCGGGGAGGAACACUUGUAUUUCUAUGCUCGCGUUCACGGUAUCUCAAAGAGAGAAAUACGCAGGGUGGUGAACUACCUACUGAAGAGACUGGAGUUGACUUACCAUCGAAAUAUCAUCACUGACGGUUACAGCUGUGGCACCCGCAGGAAGCUUUCUACAGCUCUGGCUCUUGUUGGACACCCACAAAUUCUGCUUCUGGAUGAGCCAAGCUCUGGCAUGGACCCUCGUACCAAACGACACCUGUGGAAAAUCAUCUCUGAAGAAGUAAAAGGGAAAUGUGCUGUGGUUCUCACCUCUCACAGCAUGGAAGAGUGUGAGGCACUGUGCAGCCGUCUUGCCAUCAUGGUGAAAGGUCAGUUCCGAUGCCUGGGCUCCCUGCAGCACAUUAAGAACAGGUUCGGCAGCGGGUUCACUGUAAAGAUGUACUUGGCUGCGGCCUCCUGUGACGCAGAAGCAAUCACUGGCUUCAUGCAGCGUCGAUUCCCCAGCACUUAUCUCAAGGACCAGCACUCUACUAUGGUGGAGUACCAUGUACCAGUUGCACCAGGAGGGGUUGCUGACAUCUUCGACCAGCUGGAGUCCAACAAAAAUGCUCUGCAGAUCAAACACUUCUCUGUGAGCCAGACCACACUGGAUGAGGUCUUUAUCAACUUCGCCAUGGGGAAGAUCGGCAUGGAGACCGUACCGAUUGACAACGAAGAAGAAUUUGACGACCUGGGCUCUGUUAAAGAAGUGGAAACAUAGAACUGACUGCUAUAAUACCUCCAUGCUCACUGUGAAAUGAAGAAUUCUAUUUGUUUAUUGUGAACCUAUCCAAUAUGAAAUACUGUAGGUAAAAAAAGAACCAUUUAAGUUCUGCCAGUUUUGCCAAUUCUUAAAACUAUCCAGACUCAUAUAAUGUUAACUUGUUUUUCAGCAAAACACAACUUCACACAUCAACAAUAUAAAAUAAGGAAAUUAUCUGACCGCAACAUUAACUUUAACACAAAUGCAAUGUUCACUUUUAAUUCUCUGGAUCUUAUUAUUUCUGAAGGAUAAAUGAAAUCCUGUAGGGUGUUAAUUUCUUUCUGUGGGAGGGAUUCUGUUAAUAAUCACACUGUUAUACCAUGACAAUAAAAGGACAUAUUUUCUUUACUGUACGUCAUUAUGAAUCAUCAUUAAUGAAGUUAAUACGCAAUGUUUCUAAAGAGGUAAUUUUUCACUGCUGCCUACUGGAUACAUUUUCACAAAUGAAGUAUGAACACAAAGAAGAACAUCCUCAAUAUGCACUUUUCUACUUGCUCACUAACACUUUCUCUAAGGGCAUAAUGUAUAACUUUUAUUUACAGUGAAUAUAAUGAAUAUUUAAUGGACCAUCCCUUGCUUAAUGCACCAAUGUCACAUGUUCUUAUAUGUGUCUUAAUAUAUCAAGCCUAUUUUUUAUAAAUCUAAUAAAGCUAUUUUUCAAAU